UCGGGCGAAGAGAGCAGCAGCAGUCGCAGCAGUGUAGGGAAACCGCUCGGGAAGGACGCAGGAUUACAAUGAGUCCCUGCAGCAGCAGCAGAAGCAGCAGCAGCAGCAGCAGCAGCCUUAGCCACCGGAUCCCCCGAUCCCCUCUGCCCCACUCCGCAGUCAGGGAGAGUCGUUAGCCUCCUCGCAGGCUUCCCCCUCUGCCCACCGCAACCACCACCACCACCACCACCAGCACCACCACCACCACCACCGCGUCAAGCACCCAGCCACCCACACGCGCACUGCUGUGCUGCAGCGAGCCGGGGACAGUGCCAGCCGAGACGGGCCUGACGGGUCACAGCGGGUCGCCGGAACGGACGCAAGAGGAACUAACUGAUCGUGUUGCACCUCUCUUCUGUCUCUCUCUCUCUCUCUCUCUCUCUCUCUCUCUCUCUCCCCCUCUCUCUCCCCCUCUCUCUCUGCCUCCCCCGUGGUGCUGGACGUCACACAGGUCUUCCUGAAAGAGGCCCUGGAGCAAAGGCUGGAGAAGGAGCGGGAGGAGGAGCGACGGCGGGCCGGCAUGGUGAUCCGCGCCCACGUCCUCAGCUAUGUGGCCAGGAAGCAGUACAAGAGGGUCCUGUCCAGUGUGGUCACCAUCCAGAAGAACUACCGCGCCCACUUCUGGAGGCGCGUGUUCCUGCGGCUUCGCUCGGCCACCCUGGUGCUGCAGAAGCACCACCGCGGUCACCUGGCCCGCUCGCUCUGCCGCCGGAUCCUGGAGGAGAGGAGGCGGAGGGUGGAGGAGGAGGAGCAGGAGAGGAGGCGCCUAGAGCAGGCGCAGCAGCAGGAGGAGGAGCAGAGACGGGUGGAGGAGGAGGAGGAGAUGAGGCGACGGCAGAAGGAGGUGGAGGAGGAGGAGGAGGAGGAGGACCGAAGGAGGGCGGAGGAGGCGGAGAGACAGAGGAGUCGUCGGGUGGAGGAGGAGCAGAUGAGGAGGCGGGAGGAGGAGGAGGAGGAGUCGAGGAGGAUGGAGGAGCAGAGGAUCAAGGAGAAGGCGCAGGAGAAUGCGGUGGCUUUGGGGCACUCGACCAGAAGCUCGCUGGUGGUUAGCGCUGCGUGUCAGAAGAAGGAGCUGUCGCGCUCCCUGUCCCGCAGCCCCGUCCCGGGCCACGCCUCGGAGGAGGAGAGCCGCCAGAUGGAGGAGAUCCAGCGCCUGGAGCGGGAGAUCGAGCGGCUGCAGCGGCAGCAGGAGGACGGCGUGUCGCUGCUGGGCGACGACGGGCGCGACCAGCUGCGGCAGCGGCGCGACGCCGAGAUCUACCGGCUGGAGAAGGAGGCGUCGCGCGUCGCCACCGAGUUCCUGGACCUGCUGGACUUCGGCGGCCUGGAGCCGUCGCUCUCCAGCGAGGAGAACCUCCACGACCCCGCCGAGACCCCCGCUCCGCUGGCGGAGGAAGAGGAGGAGGAGGAGGAGGAGGAGGAGGAGGAGGCGGACGAGGGGUUCCACGCCGACGACGAGUGCGUCCCCCUGCCCGACCUCCCGCUCCCCGCCUCGCCCCCGCUGGACCAGGAGGUCUUCCAGAGCGUGCCCCCGCCUCCGCCCGGCUUCGCGGAGGGUCCGGUGGACCCCUACUCCGCCCCCUCCUCCGCCGCCACGCCCCGGGGGUCGUGGCACUCCACCGUGGUGACCCACCAGCGGUGCCGCACCCCGACGCCGCCUCCCCCCGUCCUGACCAACGGGGGACGGCAGCCGUACGUCAGCAUGGCGCUGACGUCGGAGGCGGAGCUCCCCGGCGGGCAGCCUCCUCCCCCUCCUCCUCCUCCUCCUCCUCGUGGCGCGCCCCCCCCGCCGGACGCGGAGUCGGACUACGACCAGGACGAGUACGAGGAGGUGCACGGCAGCUCGGGCGCCAGCACCAACGACGGCCACGGCACGGACGAGGACGCGCUGAGGGAGUCGUCCUGCACCCAGAACAGCCUGGACUCCUUCAAGGGCAGCUCUGACUCGUUCAUCGAGAGCGACGAGGACAACGAGUGCUACGUGGACACGGACGAGGAGGUGUCCAACGGGCGGGUGAACGCGCUGAACGGCAGCGGACCCCCGUACUUCCACAGCUACCUCUACAUGAAGAGCGGCCUGAUGAUUCCGUGGCGCCGGCGCUGGUGCGUGCUGAAGGACGAGACCUUCAUGUGGUUCCGGGCCAAGCAGGACUCCCUGAAGUCGGGCUGGCUGUACAAGAAGGGCGGCGGCAUGUCCACCCUGUCGCGGCGCAACUGGAAGAUGCGCUGGUUCGUGCUGCGCGAGUCCCGCCUCAUGUACUUUGAGAACGACAGCGAGGAGAAGCUGAAGGGAACCAUCGACGUCCGCUCGGCCAAGCAAAUUGUCGAUAACCACGAAAAGGAAAACGCCCUGAACAUUGUUACAGAGGAACGUACCUACCAUAUCUACGCAGAAACCCCAGAGGACGCCAGCGGUUGGUUCAAUGUGCUGAGUCGCGUCCACACUGCCAGCCCGGAGCAGCGCAUGGAGAUGCACCACGAGCAGGCCAACCCAAAGAAUGCAGUGGGCACGCUGGACGUAGGCCUGAUAGACUCCGUGUGUGCGUCAGACAAUCCUGACAGGCCCAACUCCUUUGUGAUCAUCACGGCCAACCGGGUGAUCCACUGCAACACGGACAUGGCGGAAGAGAUGCACCACUGGAUCAGCCUGCUGCAGAAACCCAAGGGAGACGCCAGGGUCGACGGCCAGGAGUUUCUGGUCCGGGGCUGGCUCCACAAAGAGAUGAAAUCGGGCGCCAAGAGCACGUCCCUGAAGCUGAAGAAGCGCUGGUUCGUCCUGACCACCAGCUCCUUGGACUACUACAAGACUUCGGAGCGCAAUGGUGCUAAGCUGGGCACCCUGGUGCUGAACAGCCUCUGCUCCAUCGUCCAGCCCGACGAGAAGGUCUUCAAGGAGAGCGGCUACUGGAACAUCAUCGUCCACGGGCGCAAGCACUCGUACCGCCUGUACACCAAGAUGCUGAACGAGGCCAUGAGGUGGGCGUCCGCCAUACAGGGGGCCAUCGACAGCAAGGUGCCCAUCGAGACCCCCACCCAGCAGCUCAUCAGGGACAUCAAGGAGAGCAGUCUGAACGUGGAGGCGGUGGAGCAGACUUACUGGAGGAACCCCAUCCUGAGAUACACCCAGCAUCCCCUGCACUCCCCUCUCCUGCCACUGCCUUACGGAGACGUCAGUGUACAUCUGCAAAAGGAGAAGGGCUACUCCAGCCUUCAGGACGAGGCGGUGAAGAUCUUCAACUCCCUGCAGGAGAUGGAGGCGGUGUCGGACCCCGUGCCCAUCAUCCAGGGCAUCCUGCAGACCUGCCAGGACCUGCGGCCGCUCAGAGACGAGGUCUACUGUCAGCUGAUCAAACAGACCAAUCACGUUCCCCAACCCAACAGUCUGGCCAAUCGCGCCCACUGGCACCUGCUCACCUGUAUGGGCUGCACUUUCCUCCCUAGCAGGGGUAUCCUGCGCUACCUCAAGUUCCACCUCAAAAGGAUUAAGGAGCUGUUUCCUGGCUCAGAGAUCGAACUGUUUGCCCAUUUCAUCGGCGAGUCGCUAAAGAAGACCAAGUGCCGGGAGUACGUGCCCUCCCAGGAAGAGAUCGUCGCCCUCCUCACCAGACAGGAGAUGACCACCACAGUCUACUGCCACGGCGGGGGGUCCUGCAAGAUCUCCAUCAACUCCCACACCACUGCUGGAGAGGUGGUGGAGAAGCUGAUCAGAGGCUUGGCGAUGGAGGACAGCAGGAACAUGUUCGCUCUGUUCGAGCACAAGAACAACAUCGACCGAGCGGUGGAGAGCCGGGUGAUCGUUGCUGACGUUCUGGCUAAGUUUGAGCGACUGGCUGGCAGUGAGGAAGAGGAGGACGAAGGACACUGGAAACUCUACUUCAAACUCUACUGCUUCCUCGACGUGGAGAGCAUGCCCAAGGAGGGCGUGGAGUUUGCGUUCAUGUUUGAGCAGGCGCACGAGAGCCUGACCAGCGGCCACUUCCCCGCCCCGGAGGACACCCUGCAGCACCUGGGGGCCCUGCGCCUUCAGUUCCUCCACGGCGACAAGGCCCGGGUCAACUGGACCCUGGAGAACGUGUACCCCAUGGGUCGCCUGCGCAGCCGCAUCCUGCACUUCACCAAGGCGGGGGCCGGCGCCGCGGGCCAGACGGGCCAGACGCUGGAGCGCCGCAGGACCAGCUUCCUGGAGGGCACCCUGCGGAGAGGCCUGAAGACGGGCUCCAUGAAGAAGCAGCGCAUGGAGGAGGAGCAGAUGCUGGAGAUGUGGGUCAAGGAGGAGACGUCGGCCACCAGAGCCAGCAUCCUGGAGAAGUGGUCCCGCAUCCGGGGGCUCGACCAGCACCAAGCCAUGCUGAAGUACAUGACCAUCAUCAAGGAGUGGCCCGGCUACGGGUCCACGCUGUUUGAUGUGGAGUGCAAAGAGGGAGGCUUCCCUCACGAUCUGUGGCUCAGUGUGAGUGCGGAGAACAUCUCGGUCUACAAGAGAGGAGACCCCAAACCUCUUGAGACCUUCCCGUACGAGCACAUCGUCUUCUUCGGCGCUCCACAGCCCUGUACCUACAAGAUCACCGUGGAUGAGAGGGAGAUGUUAUUUGAGACGCCACAGGUCGGGGAGAUCACCAAGAUCAUGAAGGCCUACAUCAACAUGAUCGUGAAGAAGCGUUGUAGCGUGAGAUCUGUGUCGAGCUACGGAACCAACUGGAUCCGGUGAUGGUCAGGACAGGACAGUUCCUGGGCGGUACAGGACCGGACCCAACCGGACCAUGGGGGGAAAGACCAGGGAAGACCCGAAGCAAAAUCACUUGCAGAAGAAAAUCGUAGAGCUUUGAGUGACCAUUGAACCAUAUUGUCGAACUUUGGCAAUAUGAAGAAUGGUUGCAAAAGUUUGUACAGAAAGACAAAAAUAACUCCUGCUUAUUGCAACACACAAAACGCUAGCGUCUGCACAACUAUAAGCUAAUUUCUCCACAGGGUAUUGCUUCCUCUGAUACGGGCUUAGUUUUGAAUAUCCUUGACGCUUACUCAUGUUAUUUACACUGGUGGUAGCUGUUAUCUUGCUUACAGUUCCCUUCUGUAGUCAUCGUCCAUCGUCCAGUAUUUUUCAUUUUUUGUAUUUAAAACCUUAAACCAGGGUGGGAAUUCGACCAAGCGUGCAUUUAUAUGUUCAACGUCAACCAUGCGUAACAAAUCAAAUAACAUGCUCGGACAAUUCUGUAAAAAGCAAUGAGCUCUUUCACUAUCAUUUAGCAUUUUCCCCUUUAAGUCCCUGUCCGUAGUUUAGAGUCCCUCAGGUAAACGGGCGAUACCACAUCAUAAGAACAGAACAGCAUCUACACUUUAUUGCCUUAAGUGGGUUUUCACAGUACAUUUCCAACGUCCACCAUUUUUGACUAAAUAGUCAAUGUAUAUGGCCAUUUACAAAUGUACGAAGGGGGCAAUACCAUGUUUCUAGAUAUGGAAAUGUUUGCCUUCUCAUACAUUUGCAGAGACGAGAGGAAUCCAACCUGUAGGGCAAUGCGUUUCACGAAAGGUGCCAUUUACUGUAAAUGGUUGUUCAACUGUUUGCCGCUUGUAUGUGUAACGUUACUGUUAGACUAUUUCUCAGUAUUGAUCUGUUAUAUUUUUGAACAGAGUUGGUCAUUGAAAUGAUUUGCGACUGAAGCUGUUACUUGAGGACUGAGGAGCGAGCAUGACGCAGCUUGGCUACCCCAUGUCUGAAGGAUGUAUCUUGUCUGUUUUUAGAUAGUGUCGAGUGUCUGUGUGGCUUAUUUAUUAUGUGGACUAUUGAUGACGGGAGAGAGUGAGCUUGGCAGGGAGAAUUCACAAGCACCGAUGUUGUGAGGACAGUCACAGAAACUAAUUGUGAUGAUGCUGUUUUAUGUACGGAUUUCUGAAUGAAUUGUGUGUUCUCGGAUACAACUAAAUUGUACCACGAUUGAUGCAACAUUGGAUGUAAACGUGCUCAAAAGUGUAUGUGCAUAAAAGUGAUCAAUGGAAUGUCAUAAGGUCUCAAACGAACAGGCUGUAGCUCCCAAUGUUAUGGCUGGCUGUGCUCGUUGAAUGUUUAAUCUAUGUCAGGAAGUCUGGGACACUCUGAAUGAUGUUAAAGCAGGGAAACAUGCAUUUGCCAAGCUAUUGCCCACCAUAACAAUGAAAUCCACUAAGACUGUACAGAUUGUCGUCACCUAACGUCACAGCACCGCCCGUCUUCCACUGCUCUCUCUCCAGUCUCUCUGAUCUAGAGGGAGGCUUUCUGGUAACGCUGCCGGCGGCCAUUCCAGAGACUUCCCUGCCGUUGAAACACGACUGUUCCUUAUGCUUGUUUUGAACAAAAAGACAACGUUUUAUAACUGAAUUUAAA